AGGACGGGGAUUUCCAGUCACGUGCUGCUCCCGGCAGUUCGGGUCCGUUUGGUUGGAGGCUGCUGUUUGUUUUUAUUUCUCUGGUGUCAUGUCUAUUGUACUGAAUGCCCUCAACAGUGAUUCUCAUGUGGAGCUGAGCCAGUACCGGGAUCAACAUUUCCGGGGAAGCCGAUAUGAGCAAGACAAACUGCUGAGAUAUAGCUGCACUCUCUACGUCGGGAAUUUGUCAUUUUACACAACUGAGGAACAGAUCUAUGAACUCUUCUCAAAAAGCGGUGAUGUUAAGAGAAUCAUCAUGGGAUUAGACAAAAUCAAGAAAACUUCAUGUGGAUUCUGUUUUGUGGAAUAUUACACACGAGCUGAUGCUGAACAAUGCAUGAGAUUUAUUAAUGGAACACGCCUGGAUGAUCGGAUCAUCAGAACAGACUGGGAUACUGGUUUCAAAGAAGGCAGGCAAUUUGGACGAGGCAAAUCUGGUGGUCAGGUACGUGAUGAAUAUAGGACUGAUUAUGAUGCUGGCAGAGGUGGAUUUGGGAAAUUGGUCCAGAUGCAGAGGGUUCCAGAACCAAGACAGAAAUUCUAAAGUUUCAAUGGCUGUGUUGAUAUAUUUCAGAUAAUUAAGCUAGUACCUUGGGAUUGAAGCAAAUGGCUAAUACUUGAAUGUCUGUGGCUUUGUGCUGUUCAUUCUUUCAUAGGCCUAUUGAGCUCUUUUUUUUCAUACUUGCAAAAGAAAGAUGCCCUGCUUCUGAGGUGAAAUCAUUGUUCAAUUUUUGUUCCUUGUAAUUUUGUCAAUUCUAAUAAAAAUCUAAAAUGCCUGCA